CGUCCCAAAUAUUGUUGCCGGCUUCGAUUCGCACAAGACGAAAGCUACCGGGAGUGUCCCUACAGUUGCGAAAAGAGACCGUCUUGCCAUUCCGCACCUGCAGUACCCGCUAGGACUUGUUGGCUCAUCAACAAACGUAUAAGAGAGACCCCGGACAACACAUACACACGUGUAUCUUGUCGGUGUCUUCCCACUGUUCUUCAGUCGUUCUAGAAUCUUGUCAACAAGUUCAUCCAUACGCCUCAAAUUUCAAGAACCAUGUCCACUGUCAAGCAAUCGGCCCAGGCCGCCACAUCAGAUGUCGUUGACACCGCUAAGAACGCCACGGCCGAGACGGUCACUGCCGCCACCGACUUUCUCCACACUCCGGCCGUCCGGGCAGCGCUCCCCUUCAUCAAUGGUGGUCUCAGCGGCAUGGUGGCCACAACAGUCAUCCAGCCCAUCGACAUGAUCAAGGUGCGUAUCCAGCUGGCCGGCGAGGGCAAGGCCGGCGGUCCCAAGCCGACCCCCCUCGGCGUCACGCGCGAUAUUAUCGCCAGUGGCAAGGCCAUGGACCUUUACACUGGCCUCUCGGCCGGUCUCCUCCGACAAGCCGUGUACACGACGGCCCGCAUCGGCUGCUUCGACACCUUCAUGAGCCGGCUCUCGGCGCGGGCCAAGGAGAAGGGCCAGUCGGUAGGCUUCAAGGAGCGGGCCUCGGCCGGUCUCGCGGCCGGUGGUCUCGCCGCCAUGAUCGGCAACCCGGCCGAUCUCGCCCUCAUCCGCAUGCAAAGCGACGGCCUCAAGCCCGUGGCGGAGCGCAAGAACUACAAGUCGGUCAUUGACGCCCUCGGCGGCAUUGCGCGAAACGAGGGCGUCGCGGCGCUCUGGGCCGGUGCUGCCCCCACGGUGGUGCGCGCCAUGGCGCUCAACUUUGGUCAGCUGGCCUUCUUCUCGGAGGCGAAAGCGCAGCUGAAGGCCAGGACGCAGUGGUCGAGCAAGGUGCAGACACUCAGUGCCAGUGCUAUUGCCGGCUUCUUUGCCUCGUUCUUUAGCUUGCCGUUUGACUUUGUCAAGACGAGACUGCAGAAGCAGACGAGGGGCCCGGAUGGAAAGUUACCAUAUAAUGGUAUGGUGGAUUGCUUUGCUAAAGUGGCGAAGCAGGAAGGCGUGUUUAGGUUUUAUCGGGGUUUUGGAACGUAUUAUGUGCGCAUUGCGCCGCAUGCCAUGGUGACGCUGCUUGUUGCUGAUUACUUGGGCUGGUUGACCAAGUCCUCGACAAAGCCUCUCUGGCUAACUAACCAUGCUCUUGUCUCUCAGCUGGGCUGUGUUGCCUACCCGUCGCCAAUCCAUCCAGACUACCAUGCCGGACCCGCGUCGACAAUAGCCUUUGAUAACCAAGAUGAGCUGCUAUGGAUCGGCACCCAAAAGGGCUUUGCCGGCUCCUUCAUCGGCCGCGAGCUCAAGCGAUUCACUGCCUUCCGAAUACACCCCGAAACCGACGGUCCCCUCCGCCAAUUCCUCUUCGUCGACAAGGGCGUCAUCUUCCUCGGAAGCCGGAGCGUCUACAUGGCAGCACGUAGUGGCGUGCCCAUCUGGAGUAUCCGCCAUGAGUCCAUGCAGGAUCUGCGUGCCAUGUCCUUCACUAGCAAGGGGACCUCCGAGAUCCUCGUGGCCGGCUGGCAGAACAAGAUGUUGGUCAUUGACGUCAACAAGGGCGAGGUCGUCAAGGAGCUCCCAACACAAGAUCAGUACUCCUUCCUCAAGAUGAGCCGGUACAUCUGCGCGGCAACAAACAAGGGCACCGUCAACAUAUUGGACCCCAUUACUUUUACUAUCAAGAAACAAUGGCAGGCCCACGGGGCUUUCAUCAACGAUCUGGACACGUCCAACGACUUUAUUGUCACAUGCGGUGGCUCACACAGGCAGACACACAACACCCCGGCCAUACUCGACCCUUACGUCAAGGUGUUUGACCUGAAGAACAUGAGUGCUAUGAACCCAGUUCCCUUUGCGCCGCUGGCCGCUCACGUGAGGAUGCACCCGAGGAUGUUGACAACGGCCAUUGUCGUCAACCAGGCGGGCCAAAUCCACGUGACGGAUCUGUUGAAUCCAAGCAACAGCCAGGUCUGCUACACGCAGCCUCAGGGCGUGGUGCUGCAUUUCGACGUGUCGAGAACCGGAGAAGGAAAAGCACUUGCGGAUAACAAGCACAACACCUACAUCUGGGGGUCGCCCAACAAGAUCCAGUUUACCGAGAUAGGAAUCCCGCCUAGGUUGCCGGACCCUCCCCAGCCGUCGUUGUUGCCGCCAGAUCCAGACAUGUUGGAGGAACUACCCCUGAGCCGCAUCGGCUUGCCUUAUUACCGAGAACAGCUGUUCUCAGCCUUGCCGCCGGAUAUCAUCUCCGACGUGGGCGCUCCUCCGCAGCAGAUCGAUCCGAACAUCUUGAGCACUCUUACCAAGACCGACUGGGGAUACAUUGGUCCCAACAAGACGGGCUUGCAGAGAAACCAGUACAUAGAUACCCGGUCGACUAUGAAGACUUCCAACACAAUACGAGCACCCAAGUUCUUGAGUGAAAAGGCGCGCGAGUCACAGACGGGUUCAGAAGACAACGCCCUUGCUACUACCGAAUCGGCGAUGAUGACUCCGAACAACGAUCAUUGGAGUCUGAGGCCGGAGGCGCCGCCUGAAUAUAGGAUAUGUGAGAUUAAGUAUAGCAAGUUCGGUGUGGAUGACUUUGACUUUGGUUUCUUCAACAACACCCCAUACCCUGGCUUGGAGAAUAACAUAACAAACUCCUAUGCCAAUUCCCUACUGCAGGUCAUGCACUACACCCCCCUGUUGCGAAACAUGGCCCUUCAGCACGCUGCUACGGCCUGUCUAGCUGAUCCGUGUCUGCUGUGCGAGCUGGGUUAUGUUUUUGACAUGCUGCAGAAAGGUGAAGGGCCUUCUUGCCAUGCUACUAACAUGCUCAGGGCUCUUAAUCAUACUAGUAACGCUUCCGUUAGUGGUGUCCUCGAGGAUAUCGCCAAAGACAAGAACCCAAGCACUCUGGUCAAGAACCUCACCAUGUUCCUUUUCGACAAGAUCAGCCAGGACUACAAGGGCACUCCUCCGAUUUCUACCGAACUCGAAAGGACUCUGUUCAAGCUGAACCAGCCUCCGAAUCCUCUUGAUUUAGUCAAGAGACUUCUAGAGACCGACGCAAGGUAUCAGAUCAAGUGUAUGCACUGUCAACAUGUCAGCCCAAGGACAGCAACGACAUUCGUCAACAAGCUCUGCUACCCAGCAGCGAAACCAAACAUUCGCGGCAUGAAGGCACAACGCAUCACUUUCUCGCAAGUGCUCAAGGCUGGACUCGAGAACGAGGCUGUGAACAAGGGUUAUUGUACCAAGUGUCAGCGCUACCAAAACCUUGACCAGCGCAAGAUCAUCUUCAACAUCCCGGCUGUUUUGGCGCUCUGCACAGAGAUCACCACUGCCGAGCACCGCAAGUUGUGGUCUACCCCUGGAUGGCUGCCGGAGGAGAUUGGUAUCAUAGUUGACCAAGGCCAUGUUUACUGCUAUGAAGGGGAUGACCUCAAGUUGCAUCUCAACAGGGGGAUACAUAAUAUCACAGUAUACUCGUUGGUGGGUACGGUGGUUAACGUUGAGACCAAGUCACCACAGAAGAGUCAUUUGGUGGCUACUGUUAAUGUUGGGCGCGCGGAGCCAGAGAGCAAAGACCAGGAUCGCUGGCAUUUGUUCAACGACUUCUCGGUACGGGGCAUUUCCAAGGUUGAGGCACUUACCUUCAACGCUGCUUGGAAGAUGCCGGUUGUCGUCAUGUUCCAGGUCAAGGCGGCCAACCAUCGCUUCAACAUGGACUGGAAGACACGUCUGGACACCUCCGUCCUCUUCAGGGAUAACAACCCACAUGCCCUCAAGACGUACGAACUACUCGACCGAGAGACAGAAAUUCCCGGUCCCGAAACUGUCAUCGCAAUUGAUACGGAAUUUAUUCGACUUAAGGAGAGAGAGAUCCAUAUCGACGAAGACGGGAAAUCCAAAACCAUUCGACCCAUCUCGCACGCUAUCGCGCGUGCCUCGGUUGUCCGCGGCCAAGGCUCCAGGGAAGGCGUUGCCUUCAUCGAUGAUUACAUCCACAUCAAGGAAACCAUUGUUGACUAUCUCACCGAGUGGUCCGGUAUUACACCCACCGAUUUGGAUCCCAUCAACUCCCAGCGCAACCUCGUCUCGCCCAAAACUGCCUACAAAAAACUCUGGGUCCUCGUUAACCUGGGUUGCAAGUUCCUCGGUCACGGCCUCAGCCAAGAUUUUCGCGUCAUCAAUAUCCAAGUGCCUAGAAAUCAGGUUAUCGAUACGUCUAUCAUCUUCAUGAAGCCGCCUUCUCAGCGCAAGAUUUCGCUUGCUUUCUUGGCUUGGUAUUUGCUCAAGGAAGACAUCCAGCAGAACACCCACGACUCUAUCGAAGACGCCCAGACGGCGCUGAAGUUGUACAGAAAGUACGAAGAGUUCAUGGCCGACGGGAGCUUCCACGAUGUCUUGGAAGCGCUUUACAAAAAGGGCAAAACACUCAACUUCAAGCCGCCACGUAUCUCCACCGGUGCAGCAAAGGACGCUGGUUUCGGAGCUGUACACCGCGUCGGCACUCCUCCCGUGCCUGCACCCGGGACGACCGAGGGAAGCUUUGAAAUCUCCAAUUCAUCAACAACAACAACCGGCGGUGGCGCCCUCUCCGCCACCGGCGGCAUGGGAAGCGCGAGCGCGAGCAGUAGUAUGCCGUCCACCCCCGUCAGGAAGCCCAUCGGUCUCGGAGGACCGUUUACCGUUGCUGGUGUUGUCAAGCCAAGCCCGGCUACUAGCCUUGAUAAUUUUGGUGCUGGUGCUGUUGGCACGGGAAUCACAAGAGCAGCAGGAACAAUGGGUGGUGGAUACGGUGGUUAUGGUACGGAUGGCGCGUAUUGGGGUGGACCGAAUGAUAUGGCGCCUACGAGUAUGAUUGGGGGAUCGGCGUUUAUUCCUGCUAAAUUCCCGCCUGGACCGCCUGAGACGAGGGGAUUUAUACCGUAUAGGCCGCAGGUGCUACUUGCGGAGCGGGAGGCAGCGGCUGCUGCUGCUGCUGCUGCGGCGGCGGCGGCGGCGGCGGCGGCUAGUAAUGAUGAACCUGUUGGUGAGGAACUUGAGGAGCAAAAGAAGGGGCAGAAGCUAGAGGAGGAAGCCCACACUUCUCGUGCUGCUGUUGGCAGUGGUUAUAGUUAUUUUCCUGCUGCUCAUCUGUCUCCUCCUCCCCCUUUCGUCAGCGAGGAAUCUGACGAUGAUGAAAUGCGGAGGCAGCAGCAGGAGCUUUUUGCGCCUGAACCUUAUGCUCCUGAUUUCGAGCAAGAUCUUUUCGAAGGCUCUCGUCGCGACGAAGGCUCUCCUGUUGUCCAGUACGUUUCUCCUCCAGCCGUCGAGGAGGAUGAUUCUUCUACUAUCAAAGAAGUGUCUUCUCCUGUUGUCAAGGAAGUGUCUUCUCCUGCUGUCAGUUCCUCCUCCCCCCUUGCUGCUGCUGCUGCUAUUGGUGGCGAGGAAAAAGAAGAGAAGCAAAAGGAUGAAGAUUCGCCUCCCGCUAUCGAGGAAGCUGCUGCUGCUCCUUCUGUCGUAACAGGUUCUUCUUCAACUCUGGCUGCUGAGAAACAGCGGAAGCAAGAGGAGGAAGAAGGUUCUUGCGCUGUCGGUGGUGGUGGUGGUGGUGGUGGUGGUGAGGAGGGGAAACAGGAGAAGCAAGAUGAUCAGGGCUCUACUCCUGCUUUAGCGCCUUAGAAGGGCUGGAAAAACGCAAGGAAAGCUGGGAGAGUUAAGGAGAAAUAUAAAGCGGGUCAUAAGAGGUUUGUCCUCCCCUGAUCACAGGAUUGGGUUGCAGCAAGGUCACGAUACAAUCGGGGCGUGGUAGCAUAAGUAAAAGAAGCAUGAAGCGUGCGGAGAUAGAGUAUGGAUAUUCCCCAGCGGUAGAUAGGGCGGUUAUUGCUAGAGUAAAUAUGAAUCGAUUGGAAGCG